GACCACGACCAAGGCCUCCAAAUUCGUCUGGUGCCGAAUGUGGGCGUGUCCCACUACUGCUUUGUAUUUGAUGUGAUUGAACGGACCCUUUUACCUGGCACGAUAUUGAAACUCGGCCGUUACAGUGACAAAAAGACCACCCCGGAUCGCUUAUCGUUCAAGAGCAAAGUAGUGAGCCGUUCGCAUGCGGAGCUUUGGAUGGAGGAUGGCAAGAUUUACAUAAGAGAUGCCGGUUCAUCCAGUGGCACGUUUGUGAAUCGUGCUCGUUUAAGUCGAAUCAAUACGGCCGGACAUGAAAUCAUUCAUGGCGAUAUUAUUCAGCUUGGGGUUGAUUAUAAAGGUGGACAAGAGUCCAUGUACCGCGCAGUAAGGAUGCGUUUGGAAGUAAACCGACAAGGGCAGCAGCAACGUUCUAUGCCGUUUACUCGUUCUGCGUUCCAACAGCUGCAACGGCAACUGAGCUUAUCGUCGCUCGAUAUUCAAGAAUGCUGCAUCUGUCUGUACGCCGUGGCUCCAUUCCAAGCUCUGUUUAUCUCGCCGUGCUCGCAUAUUUUUCACUACCGAUGUUUGCGGCCCAUCUUGACUCAAAAUUAUCCGGGAUUUUCAUGUCCUCUGUGCCGCAACUAUUCCGACCUGGAAGCCAACGUGGCGCUGGAAAUGGCUCAGGUCAUGGAGAUGCUGGGGCUUGAC